AUGCUGUCCCUCAUUGCCUGGCUCCCCUCCUGGCAGAGCACGCAGCCUCGAGCCGGCCGUUUGGUCGGUCCGCUCGCCUCCGAAGCCGCUGCUGCGCCACCGUCUGUGCUCAUCUCUGAGGCCGAGGUAGCCGACCUCGAGCCUGCCGUCGCCCUGACCGUGCGCGCCUUCUUCGGCACGCUCGGCCGCGAGCGAGGCUUCAAUAACGCGCGCGCAAUCGCGUUUUCCCAGCUCUCGGCCGAACAGGCUGCCAGUCUCCGCGCGAUAAUCUGCUCUGGCACCGCCCUCAAGGCCACGGCGCCAGACGGGAGGCGGCGCCGCAUCGGCGGCUCAUCUCGAUGCGGCGGCGCCUCGGCCGCCGGCUGGUGGAGAGGGUACUCGAAUCGGCGGGAUGCAGGCCGACCCUGCUCGAGGUGGAGAAGAGCAAUCGCGCGGCCGUCGGCUUGUACGAGGCGUGCGGCUUCGAGGUGGCGGCGGAGAAGGAGGGUGCCACGCCUCGAAGCUGCAGCUGCAUUCGACACUGCGCGACCCCGUCUCCGCACCCUCAGCUGCUCCCCGCGUCUCCACCGCCGGUAUGCGGUCGACUGGUGGCGCGGUCGCGUCUUUGCGGCGACGUCUCUCCUCGUCAUGCGCCAUGGAGGCAAGCCGGGGCGCGGCGAGGGCGGAGGGGCGGAGGCGGAGGCAAGAGGCGCGGUUCGCGCGGAGGCCUCGGGGGUGGUGGACAGUGCCGCAGAGGCGGGCGGCGCCGCGACGUGUGACGUUGACAACCCGACCGGCUUGUGCGUUGACAAGGGCUCCUAGGAGGCCGCGCCGAGAUGUGCGUCCGAUGAGUGACAGUGAUGACAUGUACAAAAAA